UUGUGCGACGUUCAGUCAGUAGUAAUCGGGAUUUUGUGACGGUCGGACGCGUCGAGGAGUUAGCGAGUCUUUAAAAUCCCACGAGUACGUAUGACAGAGGCGGCACGUGUUUGAUCAAACGCAUAGAAUUAGUGUACGCUUCUAAUACAAGCGAGUUUCCCAACAGCCUAAAAUUCAGUGAGAAAAGAAUUUCAAACGGAGAUCGUGUCCGGAAACAAGCUGAGAAGGCGCCGGCUUCGUUCCAUGUUGCCCGAGAUGCAGUCGACUUCAUUCACGAAAAGCACCGAAUGUUAAACUGGUCGGAUAUAUUUUGUGGACAGAUGUAACGGCCCCAAGCGUGAAUAUUCAUGGAGUGAGGUUAUGGGGGGAUUGGAUACCUGACAGACACUCUAUUCCAUUCGAGCUCCCUUUUACGUGGCUGAGAAAGAAGGUGAAGGCCGAGACGCAUAUCUCCAUUUCUUCUGCGACCGAUUUUCUGUUCAAAGAAACACCGGUCUUUUACCCUCGUGUGAUUCAAAAGAAACGUUCGAAUUUAUUUGAAGGGUGGACCGGCACGGAGCCGGCUCGGUUUCUUUCAAACUUUCUCCUCCUUCGCCUUUAGAUUGUCAAGGCAAGAAUAAUUGUAUAUCUCUUCAAUAUGCAAUUAACUACACUUCUCAAACUGAUAAUACGUUGUAAUUUAGUCUCGUGAACCGAUUUUUUUUGGGAGGGUGUGACAGGGGUGACAGAGGUGUAGUUCGCUGUAUGAUCCAAAUUAAAAAUUUAGCAAUUAAAACUUUUAAUGAUAGGGCUGUAAUCAUUGAGUGGAAGGAAUGUAGAAACCCUCUUCACAAUUUUUUUCUAACAGGGCUCACAACCCCUCGUCUAGAAUAAUCACCCCUGAAACUCCACUGAAUCCUUUCUGUUAUUAUCUUUCUGAGAUGUAAGAUAAUAUUUGAAAAGUGACGAAAAUUGUAAAAAUAAUUCUUUUGUGCGUUCGCGAUUCGAACGAUAGAAUAAUUUAGUGUUGAGAAAUUGGAAAUUGUUAGGGUUCGUCAGCGGUGUUUCACUACGUUCUUUUCAUGAAUGAACGGCAUGCAAUUUACGCGAACUAUUAUAUUGCUUCAAUUUCGAAAAUCUUAUUUAAAUCGGUCAGUAAUCAUAUUCAUAUUACUUGAAUUCAUAUAACAAAAAUGUUCAUAUUGCAUGAAUUCAUUAUUGAUCAUAAGAUACUAAGACACUAAUUUUGUUUCAAACAACACGGUGAUAUUAGAGGCCCUUGAAAUUGAACAAAUGAUAUAAUUUUCUUCAAUUCGAGUGUUACAAUGUAUUCAGUACAAUUUAAAAUAGCAAUUCGUGACACUAAAUGGCCAAUUAACUUGAAAUUAUUACACUCCGGAGGUAACUUCUAUGACACGUAAUUGGUUUAUGGAUUCGGUUCGCUUAACAGUUUUUUAUUUUUCUUGAUACGUUGAAAAUAUUUUCAAAAAGAAUUUGUAUUAAAAUUGCAUUCGUUCAGAGUCAUUAUUUGAAUCAUCUCUAUUAUUGAUAAGAUAUUAAGCAACUACUGCGCAUGGAACUUUAUGCAACUUUGAACCGUUUCACUGUUAAAAUAUUUUUAAUCUCGCAACAUAGAUCAAUUCUUCCAACAGGUAGUUACACAGGAUCUCUCGACAAAUCAGAGUUCGAAAGAAAAAAGGAUUAGCUUGAAUAAGUAUCGAAAAAUCACGAUAAUCUAAAUCGUUUCAAAGUAGACAAAGUUUCAAAGAUCAGCCCACAGUAUGAUUUUUACAACGUUACAAACGAUUAAUUCGCUAACUAGAACAUCCAUGCAUUAACCCGUCGAGAAACAGUAAUUAUGUGUGGAGUGUUGUAAACAAGGGUAAUUUCAUAAUUGCCAAGCCUACGCGACAGUUGUUAACUAAUUGUAACUCGAGAAUCAAGGGCAUCGGGUGGCGAUCCUCUUUUAAGACCUAACUUCCUGUUAAUCUUUCCACUUUUCAUUAUUUUACUGUUUGCCUUAUCAAAAAUUAAGUACAUAUCCAUACCAUGGUUAAGAUGUACAUAACCAUACAAUUUUCCAUAAAAUAAUUCUCGUUAAAAUAUUGAUCAAAAUGUUUAUUUCUGUACCGAAUUCCCCGUAAAGAUAAAUCCUAAAUCCGAAGUUCAGUGAGAUUAAUACGUUCGAUUGUACAACAGAUUGUUAACAGAGAACUUCGAUUACAAAACGAAGGAAUUAACGGAUUUUGCUCUGUAAUUGAGCUUCGAACGUGACAUAUCCCAACUUCGAUAACUGAACCGACAGAGUCUUGCGGUGCGAGAGAAAAAUGGCACACGAAAACGGAUUAAACGGUGAUACCGAUUCCGAGACGGUGGAAUUGAAUCCAUUGAGAAGAACCAGGUUCCACGUGAAUCGAGUCGACAGUCUCGAAGGACGUGCCAGCCUUCUUGGCGAACAGGAGACCAAAAAGUCCCUCAGGCACAUGACCAGAGAGGCUCUACCCAGGCUGGACAAUUACAGGAACAUCAUGAGUAUUCAGGCUGCUCAUAGACCAUCUUUGGACGAGCUUCACAAUCCCACUCUGCUUAACAAGAGUUCAGGUUCGCACAUUUUGCCGAUAGCCCACGUGAAGCCACCCACAACCGGAGUGAAAUUCGGAUGGAUUCAAGGAGUGUUGUUAAGAUGUCUACUCAAUAUUUGGGGGGUGAUGUUAUUCCUACGACUCUCUUGGGUCGUGGCACAAGCUGGGAUAGGACAAGCUAUUUUAUUGAUUCUAACGACGACAGUUGUGACCACUAUUACAUCGUUAUCGAUGUCGGCGAUUAGCACGAACGGGCUUAUUAAAGGAGGUGGUACAUAUUACAUGAUCUCCAGAUCACUGGGUCCAGAAUUCGGAGGAGCAAUAGGACUCAUAUUUUCUUUAGCGAACGCGGUCGCGUGCUCUAUGUACGUUGUUGGAUUUUGUGAAAGUAUGGUAGACUGUUUGAAAUCGAACGGAGUUUGCAUCGUCGAUUGUGAUAACACGGAUAUCAGGAUCAUAGGUUGUAUUACGGUAGUUCUGUUGCUCUUAAUCGUGAUGAUCGGUUUGGAAUGGGAAGCGAAGGCUCAGAUUGGUUUACUUGUUAUUUUGCUGUUGGCCAUCGCUGAUUUUAUGAUUGGCACUUUUAUUGGACCCAAAGACGAUUUGGAGAGAGCUAAAGGAUUUAUGGGAUACAAUGCUGAUCUGUUCAUGGAAAACUUUCAUCCGGACUACAGAUACAGCGAAGGGAUGGAACAUAAUUUUUUUUCAGUCUUGGCUAUCUUUUUCCCAGCAGCAACAGGUAUCCUGGCAGGUGCGAAUAUAUCCGGUGAUUUGAAGGAUCCUCAAACAGCCAUUCCAAAGGGAACUUUGUUAGCAAUUCUAUUGACAACAAUUUCUUACAUAUUCAUGGCAUUUAUGGUAGGAGGUACAGUCGUACGAGACGCGUCUGGCGACGUUAAUGACUUAUGGAACGUUUACAAUAGUUCAUAUAACGUUUUGUCGAGCUUCAAUGUGACGAACCAAACAGCUGAAAGCCCAAUUGCUACUGACGAUAAUCUUUUGAAUCCGAGUCAAUUAACGUGGAGCAUGUAUGGCACGAAAUUCAACUGUACGGGCAACUGCCCUUAUGGUAGCCACAACAGUUUUCAGGUGAUAGAAUUGGUUUCCGCGUUCGGUCCAUUCAUUUACGCUGGAUGUUUCGCGGCCACAUUGUCAAGUGCUUUAGCGUCGUUAGUUUCCGCGCCCAAAGUAUUUCAAGCACUUUGCCUCGAUGAAUUGUAUCCUGGAAUAUCGUGGUUCAGCGGCGAAAAGGAUAAAGAACCGAUUCGUGGUUAUUUCCUCACUUUCGUGAUCGCUGUUGGUUUCAUUUUAAUCGGGGAAUUGAAUGCCAUAGCUCCUUUGAUCUCAAACUUCUUUUUGGCCGCCUACACCCUUAUUAAUUUUAGCACUUUUCAUGCAUCACUGGCCAAACCAAUCGGUUGGCGACCAACGUUUAAGUAUUAUAACAUGUGGCUGAGUCUCGCUGGUGCUAUACUCUGCGUUUCUGUGAUGUUCUUGAUCUCAUGGUGGACGGCGUUAAUCACUUUAAGCGUAGUCUUAGCACUUUAUUUAGUAGUCUCGUACCGGAAACCAGACGUAAAUUGGGGUUCUACCACACAAGCUCAAACGUACAAUAACGCCUUGACUGCUGUCCAACAACUGGACAGAGUCGAGGAACACGUUAAAAAUUAUAGGCCUCAAUUGUUAGUACUCACUGGUAUGCCGAGUACGAGAUCAGCACUCGUUGAUUUUGCACACCAUAUCACCAAAAAUAAUAGUUUAUUUAUUUGCGGUCAUGUCAUAGAGACACCAGUAUCAUAUAAGACGCGAAAUUCCAUGAUCGAGAAGUGUACUUCCUGGUUCAGAGCGAAUAAGAUCAAAGCAUUUUAUUCUGUGGUGGAUGGUGCAAACUUUCAAGACGGUACUACCACGCUGUUGCAAGCUGCUGGUUUAGGGAAAAUGAGGCCCAACAUUUUGUUAAUGGGCUACAAGCAAGACUGGGCGACUUGCCCACGAGAUAAAUUGAAUAUGUACUUUAACGUAAUGCAUAAAGCAUUGGAUAUGCACAUAGCGGUAGCGCUUCUCCGAAUAAGCGAGGGUUUGGACUGUAGCGCAACCAUAGGAGACAAUGACGAGCAAAAGAAAAAUAUUCCAUCUACGUUACCAGGAAAUCAAAGUUUCUCGCAACUCAGUCAAGGUUUGACACUAAUUCUUGCGAAUAGAUAUUGUAUAAGAAAUUCCUCAGAAUUGUGUUAUACAUGAGUGUUUUUUUAUGCAGCCAGUAGUACAUCGGACAUUUCGAUUCCUGGUAGUCCCGCGCCAAGGAGGUCCAAAACGAUCAACGAAUAUCCCAAUCCAACGGAAGAACGCGAAAAUCGGCAGACUAUCAUACCUGAAGCGAAGGAUAUACUUAACGUUGUAACAAAAUUCCAGCGUAAACAGAAAAAGGGUACCAUCGACGUAUGGUGGUUGUACGAUGAUGGUGGCUUAACUCUUUUGUUACCCUAUAUCAUAAGUACAAGACGCAACUGGUCGAACAGUAAAUUACGAGUGUUUGCUCUUGCAAAUAAAAACUCUGAACUAGAAUAUGAACAGAGAAAUAUGGCAAGUCUUUUAUCGAAAUUCCGGAUAGAUUAUUCGGCGCUGAAAGUUAUACCUGAUAUAUCGAAACCAGCACAGGAGAGCACGAAAAACUUGUUCAAUUUGUUGAUAGAACAUUUUCAGCAGGCUGAAGAUCCAAAAGCGACAAACGAUGAUGCAAUUAAAGAGUCUGAAUUACUCGCCAUGAAGGAAAAGACGAACAGGCAUCUACGCUUGCGAGAACUGUUGCUUGAGAACUCGAUGGAAGCCAAUUUAGUUGUCAUGACAUUACCAAUGCCUAGAAAGGGUGCUGUAUCAGCACCUCUUUACAUGGCCUGGUUAGAAAUUCUAACACGCAAUAUGCCGCCAUUUUUACUUGUCCGAGGAAAUCAUACGUCCGUUUUAACAUUUUAUUCAUAAAGACAUGAACAUUUAUAUACGAAGAAAUCGGUCGUUUUUAAAAUUAGUUGAAUCGUAUCGAUGACUUAAUCAUAGACACGCAAAUAAGUGAAUGAAUGAAUGAAUAAUAAAAAAGCAGCAAGUGAUAUAAUAUAAAUUAUAGUAUAAUCAGUGUCUUUUUAUGUGAAAAGACUCGUGUUUGAAUGAGUUAAUUGUCCAGGAAUGCGUGUUUACCAAGGACCAAUAUAUUCGAAUACAAGGAAUGCAGCAAGACUGUAUUAUUUUUUUAAUAACACGUUUGCUAUACCAAUCGUUCCUAAAUUUCGAACCACCAAAUGUAAAGAAAAGAGUAAUUGCUUCCGUAUUAGAUAUACUUAAAAUAAAUAACGAUGCCAGAUACGUAAUUUGUAUAAUCCUCAAACAAAGUGUUCCGCAUGUUUGCUUAUAAUUGUUCAAAAUUAUAAUGACUAGUUUUAAUAAUUUAUUUUAUUUCAUAACGCGUGGCGAUAUAAUGAGAGUCUAUUGCAGAUAUUUUCAAUAUCAGUCAUUGCAUCGACAAUCAUUAUAGCCUAAAUAAAAUGAUUUUAACGAAGAUAUUUUGACUAAUUAUAAGCAAAUAUGAACUUCUUUUAUCAUAGGUAUUUCCUAGAAAGAUACUAGUCCUACGUCUAACAUCAAAGCUAAAAUUGGUAAAUACGGUAUUUGUAUUAAAAACAAAAAAAAAAAUGGUGUACAAAAUUUGAAAUUUCGAAUAUAAUACACAUACUCUGUUACAUUGUUCAUUCGUACAAAAUAUUGCGUAUGUUUUGUGAAAAAAUUUUUUGAAUAAAUCAACUAUUUUAUUAAUUACGCUAUUGUCGAUUAUAUAUAUUUAUGUAUGUAUUAUCAUUCACACGGGUAAGGUAUUAACUAAGAACCAGACUACUAACGUCUAGCAUUUAACUUUUAUUUUGUUUACAGCUUCGUAGUCUUAUACAUUUUGACAAAAAUUGUAAAAGAAUUAUAAUAGGAUAGCACUAAAUCUAAUAAUAGAAAUGGUGAAACAUUUGUCGAAAGCUAUUUUCAAAUGACAAAAUUCAUAGAAUUAAUAUAUUUACAUGUUAAAGAAAUGAUUACUGUGGAAAUAUAAGAAAUGCUCGAACGUGAAGCCUUCAUAUCAAUAGAUAUAAAGGUAUGUUUAAAUCACUUAAAUAUUGUCAUGACUUAAAAGUAUGAGGAAAAAUCG